AUGCUGCCCGCAACCCUAACCCGCAAGGCCGCGCUCGAGUCCUUCGUCCGCAUGCCCGUCACCCCCGCCAUGAUCUCGCACCUCGCGCUCACCGCCAGCACCGUCAUCCGCUGCGAACCCCCCAGCACCACCACCCUCCCCACACCCCCCAGCACCCCAUCAAACUCCCCCCCGCUCCCCACCCUCGAGCAAUUCAUCACCUCCCUCGUCGACCGCAGCCACGUGCAAGUGCCCACGCUCAUGUCCUCGCUCGUCUACCUCGCACGGCUACAGCGGCGCCUCCCCUCCGUCGCAAAGGGCAUGCGCUGCACCGUGCACCGCAUCUUCCUCGCCUCGCUCAUCCUCGCCGCCAAGAACCUCAACGACUCCUCGCCCAAGAACAAGCACUGGGCGCGCUACAGCGCCGUCCGCGGCUUCGAGGCCUUCGGCUUCUCGCUGACCGAAGUAAACCUCAUGGAGAAGCAGAUGCUCUUCCUGCUCGACUGGGACCUGCGCAUCACGAACGAGGACCUCUACGAGCACCUCGAGCCCUUCCUCACCCCCAUCAUCGCCGAGCACGAGGCACAGCACACAGAGUACUACUACUACGACUGCGCCACGCCGCCCAGCUCCGGCCGCAGCUCGCGCGCAUCGGACCGCAGCGUCGACAGCGCGGCCGCGUCGGACGCCGGCAGCGCGAAGCUCGCGGUCUCGGACUACUUCUACCCUACGCCGCCGUCGACGGCGCCGUCGUCGGCCGUCAUCCCCACGCUCGCGCGCAGCGGCAGUGUGUCCAGCGUCGACAGCUCGUGCGCGGGGCGCCGCGGCCGCGAGGAGAAGAAGGGUGCUGUCAGCGGCGUGGUGAGGGAGAAGCGCAGUCGCGGCGGGGUGGUGUCGGCGACGAUCUCGAGGUUCUUGGCGGGCGCGAGCCCCGCGGGGAGCCGGAGUCGGAGUCGGGGACGGACUACCGGGGCUGCGGCGGUGGGGAGGGAGUAUCUAUGA